AUUCCUCAUUUAUCCACUUCAUUUCUUCAUUAUCUUUUUCUUCGGUUUUAGGGUUUCUUCUCUCUCUUCCUUAAAGUCGUUCUCAGGUUUCUUUGAGCUCCAAUGGCGCUGGAGGUUCAGAACGGGGGUGCGAACGGAGGAGAAUCGAAGGCCGUGACCUUUUCGGCGCUGAAGCCUCAGCUCUUCGUGCAGGCUCCGAAGGCCUCCGACGCCCUGCAGUUUUACAAGGCUGCUUUCGGGGCUGAAGAGGUCAGCCGUACCAUGCACCCCAAGAGGAAGGCAGACCAGGAGCAGCCUCUCAUUCUCUCGGCUCAGGUCAAGCUUGGAUCGACUGCUUUCCUCGUCUCUGACGUCGUCGAUGAUUCUGUUUCUCAGGCCAAGCCGGAAGGAGUAGUUUUUGCAUUCUGCCUGGAGACUGAGGAUGUCGAAGCCGCGCUCUCCAAGGCGGUGGCGGCCGGCGCCGUCCAGGACGGCGAGAUCACGGAGGGCGAAGGCCCGUGCUGCGGCGGGCGCGUGGGCAAGGUCGCUGACCCCUACGGCUUCACCUGGGUCAUCUGCUCUCCUGCGAAGGAGUGCGUCGACGUGGAUGCCUAGACGCCGUCUGAUGGAGAUAUUAACUCGACUGUCCGAUUUUCUCUCCGUUCCAUGCAGUGGUGGUGGGCCCUGUAGGGAAUUAGGGCAAAAAAAAAAAAAAAAAAAAUUAGGCCUUUGUCCUAUUUUAAUAGGGUUAGGAUGCUUGGAGUGAUAGAUGGCUUUUUAAUUUUUGAAAGAAGUUGGAAUGAAGUUGGAAUAUUAUUACCGACGACUUUAUUUGCUACUGUUACUAGUGUUUGGUACUGUUGGUAGACAGGUAGUAUUUUGCCAAUCUGAAUUUAUCUAAAUUUAAAAUUUCCUAUUGCGAUUAA